AUGGACGUCUAUGGUGCUUAUAAAACUCACCUGAGCUUGCUGGAGGAUGAAGAACGAACGAUCCUCGAGCUUAAAGGAGCUUUGGAGAUUCCUCCGCAGGAUGUACAGGAUCAACUGAUUGACGCUUUCUUCUCCUGGGUCGCCCCUGUAUUGCCUGUCGUCAACCAGAGAGUCUUCCUGUCUAUGUAUAAGGACCCUCUGAAUCCUCCUUCCCUUCUCCUUUUACAAGCCAUAUUUCUCGCAGGAUCGCGGGUUGUUGAGGAGAAUAGUCGCGAGAAACAAUCAUCAUCCGCGACUCAUAGCUCAAUGGUAUAUCUUCAAAGGGCAAAGGCCCUUUAUGAUGCAGAGUUUGAGAAGGACCAUAUCACAGUGGUACAGUCAUUACUGCUGAUGAGCUGGUAUUGGCAAGGAACAGAAGAUACCACAGAAAACGGACUAUUCUAUUGGAGCAGGUUGGCGAUUGGUGUAGCACAAAACUUUGGGAUGCACCAAAGUAAUGAGUUAGAGAUGUCGCUCUCAGAGCGCCGGGUCUGGAGGCGGAUCUGGUGGACUCUCUACACCAGAGACCGUGCCAUGGCUGCCGCAUAUGGCAGGCCUAUCAGUAUAGACGCGGAUCUCACCAACGUAGAUCCCAUCUCACAGGAUGAUUUUAUCGAGGGCGAAGGGCAUCAGCCUGACUCGGUUCAAGUCCUGUUCUUCAUCCAGUAUGUUAAACUAUGUGAGCUGAUGGAUUUGGUUGUUGGCCGACGGCGAAAAGCCGGACCACUCACAGAAUCUGAAUUCGCCCAAUGGGAGAUUCGUCUUAGUCAAUGGAUGAUACAAUGCCCUGAGCAAAUGCGAUGGUCCCAAUCACGCCAUAGCUUCUGGUCCGCGAUCCUAUCCUCCAUCUUCUACACGAUGGUAUGUCAACUUCAUGCCUUGCUCCCGGCAGUAGCCCGCCCAUCGGCUUCAUCCGCCGUAGCUUUGCAGGCAGGCUCCACGAUUGCCUCUAUCAUACAGGCUAUAAUAUCCCAUGGACAGGUCACUUAUGUUCCACCAUCAGUUAUAAACAGUGUUCUAACUGUACUAAGCGCUGCCAAAAGUCAAAAUCUUACCUCUAGCCCCACUCUAAUCCUUCAAUGGCGCGCGAACAUUGAAACUUGCAUUCAGGUUUUAGAGCUUAUAUCAACCGUCUGGCCAAUAGCACGUUCAAUCCGCGAAGGCGCCCGGCUCAUAUACAGCGAGAAAUACUUCGACUCGCUGCUUAAUGAGGCGCUGAUUAAUUUAGAGACUCAAAGUCAGGAGACUCAUGUGGGAGAACACCGAAAGAAAAGAUAUACUCGACCAAGACGAGCAAAUCCAGAUCUCCUUUUGCCCAAGAGUCGGAUCAUCGUCAAGAUAUCUCCAGGCUUUCCUUCGACACAACGUACAUCUAUGGGACACCGAGAAACGUCUGGCUAUUCACUCAGAAGCAAGAAUCAUCUGCGGAAAGGCGCAAGUAAUUCUAUGUACGCUGCACACGAUACAUUAGAGGCUUGCUCUGCAUACCCCGACUCAGCAGAUGUCCUUCAUUCAUUGCAAGUGUCCAUUGGAAUGAGGCAAGGACUACAAGAGGCUCAACCAGAAGAUGGGUAA